AUGGUCUCAACGGAACUCUCGGACAAGAUGGACUGGACUCUACCCGAUCGACCUCGCAGGCUAGUGACCUAUGGCAAGGCGCAUAAUCGAAUGGCGCGAUCGCAGACUUCACAGGCCCCGAAAGAACCAAACGGCAAUGUCUUGACUGCGCGACGCUCUAGGAUCACUACUCCACCCCGGAACUUGCGCGAGACUGCCAAAGACGACAAUGCGCCCGAAUCCAAAUCACCCAGUCAGAAUAGCCGAUCAAACCUUAGGUCGCCAAAACGACGAAAACUUACGCCGACUGAUGAUGGUGAGGAGGAAGAGGUGACUUCUGUGACGAUUCCUCAACAGCGGGCUCGGCGCGUUCCCGCUGUGAAAACCACAUAUGGACGCCGUGAUACACUGCGGCGCUCUGUGUCAGAUAUACCGGAUGCGACCCAUUUGGCCCAAAGCAUAGAUUCUAGGCUCAGUCUAUCACCAGACCGUUUCUCCCGCCCAUCCACGUCGAAUAAUCCCUCUUUCUCACGCAUCCAGACCGAUCUAGGGAUAACUCCCUUACGACGGCGUCUGGUUGACGCACUAGGUUCCUUCGAUGAGGACGAAGAUAACUCUGAAGUGUCUGAUAGUGAGCGUGACUCCUUGCAACAAGCAAUCGACUCUAGGAAAUCCACGGAGACCACACCGGUAGCCAGUGAUUCUCAGAGUUCGUACAACUAUGACAGUCAAAUAUCAUCAAAGUGGAACCAAAAGACCCAAGAAAUGAUCGAGGCAUCACCACAGUCAGGCAGCCCAAAAGUUACGUACGCGCGUCAACGAUCAUUCCUUCGCAACAUUGACCUCCAUGGCGAUGCUAGUGGUGAUCCCGCCGCAGAUUUUUCAACCAGUCUAUUAUCAAUGCCCUUGAAGCCUGUUUCGAAGGAUGCGACUGAGACUGAUCAAACCGAAAACUUGGGAACCAUCAGUAGUAUCCAUGAACUACGAAGGGCUGGGGUAAACGCACGGUUUCAGGGGCUUGUCGAUUCCAUCUUUGAAGACAUUGAGGAUUGCUCUGCUUCCGUCCAACGAAGCGGCUUCGUUACCCUUUGUGAGAAAUUACUCGAUGAGAAAUUCACGCAACAAUUCGUUGAAAUUGGAGGAUUUGACCGAUUAACGAAAUACAUAUCACCACAGGCUGACAAGAUUCCGGCUUUGUUAUCUUUGUAUGCCUUUGCACUAGUGCUUCGAUUAAAUCACCUUCCUUCUAGCAUUUGGUCGAGUGCUUGGUCCAAGCUCAUUACCCUGGCAUCUACGCUAUUGUCGUUGGAUGGUGCUGUCCCAAAACUUGUUUCACAACGUGGCUAUUCUCUUUCCAAGGCCAAUCAAGCAGCUAUACGUGAAAUAGCUCUUCAAUUUAGCUGUCUCUCGGGUUUGGAUGAGCGCGAAUCCUCUAGGUUAUCUCCACGUCGCCUAUUAUUACGCUGUUUAUAUUCGACUAUACGCAAAGUGCGAGAAAAGGAUAUCGCAGAAACAAUACCGGAGGAUGUUGUUUCUCAAUUGGUUAAGAUUCUAUUAGAACUCACACAAGAGGCGGAUGAUCGUGAUAUUACUACGGACAACUUCGUGCUUAUUGAAAGCAUCAUCAGCAUUUUGGAAACAUAUACAACAACCUCAGAUAUUACGGGCCAGGCGCAGCAGGAUGCUUUACUACCACUUACAGAAUCAAGCCAUUUAUUAUCCUCCUUGAGCCGCAAAACCGAUCCCCAGGAUAUCCAGCUCUUGACGUUACAUCUCAGACUUAUUUUGAAUAUUACAAAUGCUAGUACCAGUCUUUGUGAGCACUUUGCGACGCCGGAGGUCCUACACGGAUUGAUGAUCAUUGUUCUGUCAAACUACGACACGACUUCUGAAGAUCUCUUUAUCGACGAGAAGAAGGAUUCACUUGAUAUUGUCAUUCUGGCACUGGGUGCUUUGAUCAACCUUACUGAAGUUAGCGAAGCUGCGAGACGGAAUAUCGUCGUCCAGAAGGAAGGACCUCAAUCACUUCUCGAGCACCUGCUCUCGAUAUUCACCCGGGGUCUAGGCAGCGUAUCCGAGGCCAAUUCAGUGGUCCAAACACACUCGAAUGUCGCAUUCGGAUACCUUUCUAUUCUUCUGUGCACCCUGUGUCUCGAGCCAGAAGCAUACACCGUUGUCAAGAGCUCCAUGAAGGGGACGGGAUUAGCAAAAGUCCUGGCCACGGUGGAGGAGUUUCUGCAUUAUCAUCGCAAAGUCGACGAAGAGCUCCAGCAAUCGCAGUCGGUCAAGGAGUUUACCAGUCGAUUGCAGCGAAUCCUCAAUGAGAUCCACGCGAUCAGCAGCACCUAG